GAGCAUUCCCGGAUGGCGGAAGCGGGUGAAGCGUGUCUCCUGUUCGUGUGAAGGGGAAAAUAAACGCGAAGGGCCCCGACAGUUUCCCGGACUUCCUCAGAAAUCUGUUGAUUCUGGCCGUUUUUAAGGUGCGCUUUCCAUCUGUUGAACAAACAACAACUGAGCACAUAAGUCUGGGAUACAGGAGCACACGUCAUCUUGGCCGGUUGGCACCAAGAUCUACAGGACGUGAAGCAAAUGUCAAGCCAGGCACUGCUCAGAGAAGAGGGGGAUGGAAUGAAACUGUGUGACAAAGAGGAGCUAAACAGAAAGAUUAAAGAACAAAAAAUUGUAGUUGAUGAAAUUUCUAAUUUGAAGAAGAACCGGAAAGUUUACAAGCAGCAACCCAACAGCAAUGUAUUCUUUCUAGCAGACAGAACCCAAACACUGUCUGAAUGCAAAAACACCUUAGAUGAAUUGAAGAAAGCACAUCAAGAAAUGGAAAAUUCAGAGAAAGCCAAAAUCAAAAAAUAGCCAAAUCAAACAAGCAUUCAAAAUGUGCGGCAUUUGCUGUGUGGUCAGCUUGUCUGUUCAUCCCCCUAAAGAUUGCCUCCUGCAAGAGGAUAUCCUAUGUAAUCUUAGAAGAAGAGGGCCUAAUAGUAGCCAACAGUUGCUAAAGUCUGUGCUUCGCCCUCCAUAUAAAUGCUUCUUUUCUGGCCAUGUGCUUCAUUUAAGGGGGCUGAUCACUCCGCAGCCUAUGGAAGAUCCUAUUAGUGGCGAUGUGUUUCUUUGGAAUGGAGAAAUCUUUGGUGGAAUUCCUGUAAAGGCUGAAGAGAAUGACACACAAGUUAUUUUUCACCGACUUUGUUCUUGCAGAUGUGAAUCAGAGGUUUUGUCAUUGCUGUCUUCUAUUCGGGGUCCUUGGUCCUUUAUUUUUUAUCAGGCAUCCAAGCAUCACUUGUGGUUUGGUAGGGACUUUUUCGGUCGCCGCAGUCUGCUGUGGCAAUUUAAUAAGGAUAGCGAUAAGGCUCUUGUUCUCACUUCUGUAAGUGCUGUCUCUGAUGAUCAGUGGUGGGAAGUUCCAGCAACAGGGAUCUUCAGAAUGGAUCUCCAGGUUUCUGCUGCCUCUGAAGCUGUGACUCUAACAUGGUAUCCUUGGAAAUAUCCUUGUGAAAAGAAUGCAAUAGAAACAGCAUUCAAUGACUCAAGCACAUUUUCCAAAUAUCUACCAACAUAUGUGUCUUCUGUAAAGGAUGAAUCCCACUUGUUGUUAGCACCAGUCAUUCCUUUGAAUAAGGAGAUUCAUGACACACCAGAGGAAUCCCAGUGCUUUGAUCUUACCCAGAAUGUAAUGGAUGCAGGUGUCCUUCAGACAUUUCUUGCUGAACACCACAAGAAGGAACUAGUUCACCAGUUUAUUGAUGUGUUGAGUAGCGCAGUAAAGAGACGAGUCUUAUGUCUGGUUAGAGAUCCUGAAACAUUGAAAGGAGAAACAUCAGGGGCAGGUCUGAGAAACCCACAUGUUGCAAUACUUUUUUCCGGUGGCAUUGAUUCCAUUCUUAUAGCAGCGCUUGCUGAUAGACAUGUGCCUUCAGAGGAACCCAUUGAUCUUCUCAAUGUGGCCUUCAGAAUGACAGACCAUGGUAGUCAAAACCGUUCCAUCAGGAAACGCAGUAAAGAGAAGACACGGUUGACACUUGGGCAGGAAUGCUUAAACAGCAGCACUGUUACGGCCAAUGGCUGCUUGUCAUCUUUUAAUGUGCCUGACAGAAUUACAGGCAGAGCAGGAUUGGAAGAGCUAAAGCACAUUAGUCCUUCAAGAUCGUGGAAUUUUGUGGAAAUCAAUGUUACACUUGAAGAUUUAAAAACAACAAGGCAACAACACAUACGCCACUUAGUUUAUCCACUAGACACUGUUUUGGAUGACAGUAUUGGUUGUGCUGUAUGGUUUGCUUCCAGAGGAGAAGGCCUGAUUACCCACCAGGAAAACACAGGUCCAUAUAAAAGUCCUGCAAAGAUUGUACUUACAGGAAUUGGAGCAGAUGAGCAGCUGGCAGGCUAUUCCAGGCACCGUGUUUGCUUUAAAAAACAUGGUUUGGAGGGUUUGAAUGAAGAAUUAGGAAUGGAACUGGGCCGUAUUGCUUCUCGAAAUCUUGGCCGUGAUGAUAGAGUUAUUGGAGAUCAUGGCAAAGAAGCAAGAUUUCCAUUUCUGGAUGAAGAAGUUGUGUCUUUUCUGAAUUCUCUUCCUGUUUGGGAGAAAGCAAACCUGGCUCUGCCUCGAGGCAUUGGGGAGAAAUUGCUGUUGCGCAUGGCAGCUGCUGAACUUGGAUUGACAGCCUCUUGUGUUCUGCCAAAGAGGGCCAUGCAGUUUGGCUCCAGGAUUGCAAAAAUGGAGAACAGUCAUGAAAAGGCAUCUGACAAAUGCUCCAGGCUCCAGUCACUUUCAGGAGACUAGCUGUGUGUAUACAGAGUUGCCGUUUUAAAAGUUAAUUACACAGUGGACACAAACCAGGAAGCUUCAGGUGCAACUAGUUUGUAAUUCUGUGUACUUAAUGGGAUCAGUGAGACCUGCCUUUUCAUUAAAUGUGGAUAGCACUGAGUUGUACAUCUCAUUGAAUGGACAUGGAAGUUGAUUUCAAUGGAUUGCUUCAUUGAUGAUUCGUUGUUGAUUUCAAUGGAACUGCCAGCUAGCUGGAUUGUCCCUAGUAUUUUCUGAGUCAUAUUUCUCUGUUGCAUACAUGAAAUGAAAUAAAGUUGCAUUUUUUAAAAAAA